AUGAAGAACAGAUACUUGGCACAUGCUCAACACCAUCCUCCAUUUCAUGACUCUGCACUUCCAAAGAGAAAGUUGGAUAAGAGUUGCACAGUUAAAUCCCCAAGCCAAUAUGCCAUGGAUGCCAUCAUAUCAAAAGGAAAAUCUUCAAAUAAACCACUAGUUGUUGUUGGUUGUUUCCCUCAAGGAAGUCGAGAUUUGAAAGACCUCGAACGGAUCAGCAUAAUUGGAGUCCAGCAAAUCAAUCGUGUUUUUGAAAUUGUAGAGAAGACUUUAAAAGGUCAUGAAGUGCGCCUUUUGACCUGUCAGAAAUUGGCAACACUUGAGCUUCAAAAGGUAAGGAAGAACGAGUUUGUUGAGAUUCUUCCUAUUAAUGUUGGUUGUUUAGGUGCUUGCACUUAUUGCAAGACAAAGCAUGUUCGGGGUCACCUAAGAAGUUACACAAUUGAUAGCCUUAUUGGGUGUGUAAAAUCUAUGAUAUCCGAAGGGGUUAGAGCUUUGUUGUGGAAAGUUGUCUACUCUGAGCACUCAGAUCCUAAGUCACUGUGGGUUGCUACCUUGGAUCCAAAUGGUGCAAUCACUUUUUAUGAUCUCAACAAAAGGAGGGCUCCAAACCCUGAGGCGGUUAAGGUACCACAAGACCCUUGUGGCAUUCCUCAGUCUAGUGAUCUUUAUUGUGGUUGCUUCUUUGAAAACUGUAGUGAUGCUGGACAUGGCAACAAAAAGGGAAGGAAUGACACGGUGCUAGUAGUUGUCAUAUUUGUUCUCACAGUUCUGAUUAUAGUUGGUCUUAUAACAGGAUUCUGGUACUACUACAAGAGGAAGACGAAUGUUGCUAAGUAUCCUCAAGAUAACUUGGACGAAGAUGAUAAUUUCUUGGACAGACUUUCUGGGAUGACUGCACAUUUUACUUUUGCUGCUUUUUGUAGAGCAACUGAGGAUUUUUCCAGAAACAUUGCAGAAGGAGGGUUUGGCUCGGUGUAUCUAGGUGUGCUUGAAGAUGGCACUCAAUUGGCUGUAAAAAAAUUGGAAGGUGUUGGACAAGGUGCAAAAGAGUUUAAAGCGGAAGUGUCCAUAGUUGGAAGUAUUCAUCAUGUUCAUUUGGUUAAGCUAUCAGUUAUUGUUCAAGUUGAAGAGAUCUUCCCUCAUAUGACAGAGUUAACAAGUUUUUGUUCAAGUCACCUAUGUAACAAGGAUAUACUCUAG